UCCGCACUGCACGCUGACAAGCCAGGACGGGGCGAGGCGGCGGUCCCGGUGUAUGCCCUCAUCCGUCAUCGCUAUGGGAAUUACCACAGCGCUCUCUGUGAAGCAAACCCUCACCACGUACCGUCUGAAACCGGUUCACCUGGAGACACAGACUAUAAAACACUGCAGUUGAGGCUGUCGCUGCUCAGAGCCCGGCUCAGCUCCUCUCCUCCAGUAAACUGAGGAGGACGAUGAUGAUGAUGAUGAGAAACAUCUAGAGAUGCCAAGUGUUUCUCAAGCAGCCAACUUGGACCUUUGCUCGACCUUCAUCUGUAUACUCUAAAUGAGGACCAUGCCUGCCUUGUGUGUAUCCGCAGUGCUCUUAUGUGCAGUGAUGGCAGAUAUCUCAGCCCGGGUUUUGACCACAUCCAGCCCAGAUGACCAGCCGAUCCUUUCUCCACGUCAAUAUCAGCACACUGACCGAGACACGGGCACCCAGCUGGUCUGUGAUAAGUGCCCGGCUGGCACACAUGUCUCCAUCCACUGCUCUCCAACAGCCGUGAGGGAGUGCAGCCCCUGUCCUAAAGGCACCUUUACGCGGGGAGAGAAUGGGGUUCAGCAAUGCCAUCACUGCAGGGAUCCUUGCCCAGGUGGCUUUAUCCAGAAAGCACCUUGCACGGCCACCCAGGAUCGCAUCUGCACAUGUCCACCCAAUACAUUCUUGUCAGGGGAUGGUGGUGCAGUGUGUAAGCCCCACUCCUUGUGCCCUCCAGGCAAGAGGGUGAAAAAGCAGGGCAGUGAUAGAAAGGACGUAGUCUGUAAGCCAUGCGCCGAAGGGACUUUUUCAGAUGUGGCAUCUAAUGCAACGCAGUGCCGAAAUCAUACAGACUGCCAAGCUCAGGGGCUGGUGCUGCUCACACCAGGGACUAGAGAGAAAGAUAAUGUCUGUGGACCUUCUUAUACAGCUCUGUCCUCUGCCUCCACAACCACUCCAGGUGGCCAAGCACAGGCCGUGCUAGUACAGGAACCCAUUAUUUCUUCAGUCUUUCCGGCACCCCUGGCUGGACCUGCACUUAAAGGUACCCACAGCCAGUCAGCAGCUAUUCAGCUGAGGGAGACCCAGGGUGGAAAAAGCCACAGAGCAGAAGAGAACCUCCCAAUCCAUUCCAGCACUCCCACCCCACCAAAUUGGACUCCACCUCCUCCAGCUCACGAGCAACUGAUGGAUCAUGAGCAACAGAGGGGGCAACCGAAUUCUGAGCCAAACCCAGGGCCAGAGGGCAAGAGGGCAAUGGAGGGUCUGGAAAGUGCAGAAGGAGUAAAGGUUGGAACAAGUAUAAGCAAGAUUAAUGGGCAAGGUAGUGGAGGUGGGGUGUCCAGCUUCUACAGGCCAACUCGCAGGGGGUCCCCAAGGCCAAGCACCCAUAAUCACUUCGACAUCAACGAGCACCUGCCCUGGAUGAUUGUUCUGCUGCUCUUGCUGGUGCUGGUGGUAAUCGUGGUGUGUAGUGUGAAGCGGAGCUCUCAGGUGUUGAAGAAGGGCCCAAUGCAGGACCCUAGCAGCAUCAUGGAGAAGGCAAUUCAGAAAAAACCACCUGCGCCCCUAACUCAAGUCCGAGAGAAGUGGAUCUACUACUCCAAUGGACAGGGGGUGGAUAUUCUGAAGCUUGUGGCAGCCCAGGUGGGCACACAGUGGAUCGACAUCUAUCAGUCGCUGGCUAACGCCACGGAGCGCGAGGUCGCCGCCUUCUCCAAUGGCUACUCCGCUGAUCACGAGAGGGCGUAUGCCGCGUUGCAGCACUGGACAAUCCGGGACAGCGAUGCCAACCUGGCCAAGCUGAUCAACGCCCUGCACCGGCAGCGCCGCAUUGACGUGGUGGAAAAGAUCCGCUGUGUGAUGGAGGACAACCCACAGUUUGAUAUCAACCAGCUGAUGACCUCAGUGAAUGUAAGCAAUAGUCUCAGUCCCAUCCACAAGCCCAUGGAGUCUCCCAUUAGCAUCACCAGCAGCGGUAGCCUGGGCCGGGUCAGUGGCGUGGGUGUGGAGCAGUCACCAGUGGAGCGAACCAAAGGCUUCUUCCCUGAUGAAUCGGAGCCCCUGCUUCGCUGCGACUCCACCUCCAGCAAAGACUCUGCCCUCAGCCGGAAUGGCUCCUUCAUUACCAAAGAGAAGAAAGACACGGUGCUCCGGCAGGUGCGUCUGGACCCAUGUGACCUGCAGCCCAUCUUUGAUGACAUGCUGCACAUCCUGAACCCAGAGGAGCUUCACAUCAUCGAGCAGAUCCCAGCUGCUGAGGACAAACUGGACCGGCUCUUUGAGAUCGCAGGAGUGAAGAGUCAGGAAGCCAGCCAGAAGCUGCUGGACUCGGUGUACAGCCACCUCCCUGACCUCUUAUAGUGGAGGAGCGAGGAAGACACAGACGGGAGCUGGCACAAGAAAUACAAGAAAUACGAGGGAUGAAUAAGAUGUGGUGUUCUGAUUAAGUCUGGGGUGGUUUGCACCCAGUGAGUCUUUCUAAUCUUUAUUUCUCUCCUUCUCUUGCACAUGAGUACCCCUUCAAAACAACCCAUCCUGUACCACGAUACGCAGUGUAACAGAGUGAGGCUCAGAAGCCUCCUAUUUUAGGGGAAUGCUGGUUUGGAAAGGAGCAAGACAUAAAUGGACUCCAUAGAAAAUCACAUGUAGCACUUUCGUUAUCUGAAGUGGUCGUUAUGCCUUCACGUCUACAGUUUAAUACCCGUGUUUUUUUGUUGUUUGUGCCGAUCAUUCAGGCUUCUCUUGCCUUUAACACGACUCAAGUGUAACAAGCUACAUUUCAAAAUGAACAUGGGCAAAGUACAUAAGCUAUAAACGACACUGGUAUUAUUCUUUAGUUUUAAGGUUCUUGUAAACCAUAUUUUUGCCCAAGUGUGUAUUCAACUGUAAGUCAUGUGCCUGAACUUGGCCCCUUUUUCAAAGUUUUGUUCCUCCCUCCCUCAUAUUAUAACCACCAGCAGGCAGUAGCAUUAGUUAGAUGUUUAUCCUGCUUCUCUGCACCCAAAACCAUGGAUCAAAAAUACUGGAUUUAAAUGACAUUUAUCUGAUGUUAUGAUAUAUGGUUUUGCAAAAUAACUCUUGUUAAGAAAAAAGCUUUAGUGCACUGACUGUUUCUCUGGUACUGAAACCGUGUCACUUUGGAAGCUCAGCUGCUGUUGGAUUCAUUCAGGAGAAGUACUUAGUAUGUAGUAGUAGUCUUAUACUAGUAUGCACAUACAGACCUUUGCGAGCUAGUCCUGUUUGCCUCCACAGAUGUAGCGUUGAUAAAGUGUUCUUGAUACAUUUUGGAGCUUCAUGUUGGUGUGGUUGUCAGUCAGAUGAGUUGCCUGAGUGUUUCAGUGCUACAGCAAAAAGGAUAAAAUACAAGAGAUUUUUUCCCUCCCUGCAGUCGUGUGUUGCUACCUGCGCCAUGUAGUCGAUGAGAAAAUGUAAUAAUGAUGCACUAUUUUCCAUUGGAGAGGCAGAUCUUGUAAUUUCUGUGUCCUUCACAUUUUCUAACUAACUAACAUUUAAUUUGAUUGUUUUGUUUUUAUAGGUUCUUAUUUUUCUGUCAGUGUUUUGAUUUUUCUCUCACGGGCAUUCAGAUGUCGUUACUCCUGCUCGGUGUCAGGAUGUAACGUAUGCAUACUUGAAGUCUGUCUACUUCUGUCACUUGAUGUAAAUGAGCGAAAAAAAUGUAAUCUCUGUUCCUUCAACGUCCACUGUUCUUAAGACAACAAUAAACCCAGAAAGAGACCACCUCCCCACCCCCCCA